ACUGGAAACUUGAGAAGCCCAUUGCUGAAAACUGGGCCAAGGUAGGCCAUCGACGAACGCCGCCCUUCUUCACUUGAGACACUCUUGUAAUCCCUUAGGGCAGAGAUCUCCAGAAAACUCGAAAAAACGGUCUAAUCGGGGUUUUAGCGGAAGAAGAAUCAAGAGAGAAAAAGGAGGGAAAAGCAAAGCAAAUGACAACGCGAAUCGCUCCAGGAGUUGGAGCGAACUUGCUUGGUCAACACUCCGCCGAGAGGAACCAAGACGCCACUGCUUAUGUCGGCAAUCUCGAUCCUCAGGUAUCUGAGGAGUUAUUAUGGGAGUUAUUUGUUCAAGCUGGUCCUGUUGUUAAUGUUUAUGUGCCGAAAGAUAGAGUGACUAACUUGCAUCAAGGAUAUGGAUUUGUCGAAUUCCGAAGCGAAGAAGAUGCUGAUUAUGCUAUUAAGGUACUCAACAUGAUUAAGCUUUAUGGCAAGCCCAUACGUGUAAAUAAGGCGUCUCAAGAUAAAAAGAGCUUAGAUGUUGGAGCAAACCUUUUCAUAGGGAACCUUGACCCUGACGUGGAAGAGAAACUUUUGUACGAUACUUUUAGUGCAUUUGGAGUCAUUGUUACAAAUCCCAAGAUAAUGAGAGAUCCUGAGACUGGAAAUUCACGCGGUUUUGGAUUCAUCAGCUAUGAUUCAUUUGAGGCAUCUGAUGCUGCUAUUGAGGCAAUGAACGGCCAGUACCUCUGUAACCGUCAAAUAACAGUUUCUUACGCAUAUAAGAAAGACACCAAAGGGGAGCGUCAUGGCACCCCAGCAGGUUCAUUUUUUCCUUUUUUACCACACCUGAUCUUACCUUGUAGUUCCAUUUCUAUUACUAUUAUUGGUUUGGUAUUUAGACUGAAACUUUUUCCUUGUAACACAGAGAGGGUUUUGGCAGCAAGCAAUCCAAGUUCCCAGAAGAGCAGGCCCCAUACUUUGUUUGCGAGUGGACCUCCAACACUUCCUUCUGGUCCCCAGGCCAAUGGUGGUAUAGGAGCACCGGUGCCGCCACGACCUUUUCCAAAUGGCACUGUUCCUCCUGGCCCUAUGCCAGUAGCACGGCCUCCACCCCCUCAAAAUGUUCCCUACCCACAAAUGCAGCUUGCCGGACAAUCACCUUGGCAGGGUCAGCCACAGCAUCUUGGACAACAAAUUCCACCUCCAGUCAUGCCUCCUCCUGCAAUGCAGUACAGGCCACCUCUGCCAAACAUGCCACCACCACCACCCCCACAAUCAGUAUCUGGUCUUUCAAGGCCUCCGCCACCAAUGGGAAUGGGAGCACCACAUGGUUGGCCGCAACAGCAAAUGGGUGGAAGGCCUCCUAUGUCCCAAAUGUCAAUGCCACCCCCUCCCCCACCACCUUCUGCAAGUUGAAUUAUCCCAACUACUGUUUUUCUUCGUUCAGCACAUGCAGUGCAUUUUUAUUUCUAGCGGUAAUAGAAAUGAUAAAUGUGGAUCGUACUCUAUUGAUGUAUUAAUAUCCGAAAAUUAGACUCCUAAAUUUAAUCGUUCGUUCAAUGAUUGGUAAACAUUUUUUGUUCACCAAAGCAUGAUCGUUUCAUUGCAGAUCAAAGCUUUUUCUUCUUUCAAUGUGUAAAAUAACGUACAUAUGUAAUUUGAGUUCAAUCAAGUAUCCUUUAAUUCUUUUA